AUGGCACAUCAACAGCCCCAGACUAAUCCGGAUCGAGACAUGACAGGAAUCAUCAAGGUUGGCGUGCCUCUAGCCCCUAAGAUGCUGCAUUCUCACGUCUCGAACACAAGACCUGCGCGAGGAGCAUCACUUUCUUUCUCAUUUGCCUUCCGCAAAAUUCCCUUUGCAGCAUUUCUCUCUGGCAUUCUUGCAGUUGCAGCGGAUGUGUAUUCGACGAUUUACUUUGAUUCUGGGGGUAAAUAUGAUGGCGAUUUGAUUUCAACACCAGUUGCAUUUGCCUUAGGAAAAAUCACAGGAAGAUAUGUUUUGCCAUGCACUCUUCUAAGAUUUAUAGUUGGUAUAUUACUUCUGUUCAUCUUGUUAAUUUACACAUAUCGGAGAAGACACUUAUCAGGCUAUGAAAGCAUUGAAGAUUUCAUACGACUUUAUGACCUUCAUCCAAUAAGGUACUCCUACAAGGAAUUAAAGUCAGUGACCAAAGGUUUCAACAAGAAGAUUGGUGAAGGAGGCUUCGGCACUGUGUACAAAGGCAAGCUAAGGAGUGGAUCUGAGUUGCAAUCAAAAUGCUGGGCAAAUCCAAAGCUACUGGCCAGGAAUUUAUCAAUGAAGUGGCAACUAUCGGAAGGAUAUACCAUUUCAAUAUGUUAUUGCAAAAUAUAUGAGAUUUCUUUAGGAGUGGCUUGUGGGAGAGCCUACCUUCAUCAUGGCUAUGACAUGCAAAUAUUGCAUUUUGAUAUCAAGCCUCAUAAUAUUCUUCUUGAUGACAACUUGAAUCCAAAAAUUUUGGAUUUUGGACUAGGAAGGUUGUAUUUUACCAAUGAUAGUAUUGCCACUUUAAGUCUAACAAGAGGAACAAUAGGAUACAUGGCUCCUGAAUUAUUCUACAAGAACAUUGGGAAAGUGUCAUAUAAAGCUGAUGUUUACGGUUUUGGAAUGCUCUUAAUGGAAAUGGCCAGCCGCAGAAGAAACAUGAAUCCACAUGUAGAGCAUUCAAGCCAAGUAUAUUUUCCAUCAUGGAUUCAUGACCAAUUUGUCGAAGAGAAAGAUAUAGAAAUGGAUUAUUUGACAGAAGAGGAAAAGGUUUUGGCAAAGAAAAUGUUCACAGUAGCGUUAUGA